AUGACUGCUCGCUGUAUUCCUUUGGUUUUGAAUAGUUCUAAAUGGAGAGUUAAAGAAGGAGAUAUUUAUUUUUGGUAUGAUAAAUGGCGGGAUAAUGGUCCUUUGAUAAAUGAAUUGCCUCUUGUGGGUCAACCUUUGAUGAAAAUCAAAGAAUGCCGUUUGUCUGAUGGAUGGGAUGUGAACUUGCUUGAAAAUUUAGUAGGAUUAGAGAAUGUUGAUGAUAUCCUUGUCUCAUUAUCUGGCCCUAAUUCGGGUAAGGACGUUCUUGUCUGGACCCAAUCAGAGGAAGGGUUGUUUUCAGUUCAGUCUGCAUGGCAGUGUAUUAGAGUUAGAGGCAAUUCGUUUGAAUGGCAUUCUUGGAUUUGGCAUAAUAGUCUUCCGUUGAAAAUGUCUAUUAUUUUCUGGAAGGUUUGGCACAGGGCUUUGAUUGUGGAUGAUAGGCUGCGUUGA